CAGGGCAUCAAUGCUCCAGCCUCUCCUACCAUGUCACAAACUCUAAGCAGAGACAGGAACCUGGGCUAAGUGUUGCGGCUUAGUACAUUUCCUGUUUCAAAAAAAAAAAAAAAAAAAAGAGAGCAGCAAAGAGAAGUCAUUCAAACAAGAUGUCAGUUGCAAUGUGCUAGCACCCAGUAACCCAGGGCUCACCCUUCUCCUUUCUGGCAUGGGGCUUAACUGAGGUCGGGGAGCUGAGCAGGACCUCUGAACAUCUGGCGAAUCCACCUCAGGGCUGUCCUUGCUGCGUAGAGAGAAUUCCCGUCAACUCUCUCUAUUUACACCAAGCACUCGUCAGGUGAUUCCUAACAUCUGCAUCCACAUCCCCAUCAUGGCUCCACAGUACACUGAGGAAAGAACUUCACCAAAGCAGCCAGAAGAUCAUCACAGGUUGGUGUGUUGUGUGUGAAGCCGUGGACAAUAUGAUCAGUCAAACUGAGACGUCCCCGCGCCAGUGCAAGCAUCUGAGUGAGAGUUACGAUGAGAAGUGCGAGCGCUGGCAACGGACCCGUGAGAGCUUGUGGAGGAGAAACAAUGUCACCACAUGUCGCCAUGUGAGGCAAUGUUGGAAAAAGGCAGAGGAGCAGUCCCAGAGCCCCCGCCAGAAAGAGUUCCUGAAGAGAAGGAACUUAGCCACCGAAGAAGAAAAGAAACAAGUGAGGUUUCCUACUGGGACACCAGUAUCUCCGGGACCAGAGUGUGCAACAGGCAUCCCCAAGGAAGCAUCCUCCUGGAUGGAUUUGAGGUCACCCACAUCCCUCCAGAACUACAGCACCUCCAUGGUCCAUCACAAACAUCCCCAGCACAGCCUCAAUGAUCCUCGCACGCAGAACAACUGGCACUCCUGUGACAUUUCAUCACAAAACAUCCUCCCCAAAGACAUUUCCAAGCUUAGCCGAGGCACUCAAACAUUAACAGAUUCUAGUGCAAUAAAGAAAAAUUCAAGCCAACAAACAGACUGUGGAAUAGCAGUGCUAGAUAAGGAAAUCAUUCAACUUUCCAACUACCUCAAGGAGGCGUUACAUCGGGAGCUGCUGCUGAAGCAGAAGAUGGUGAUUUUACAGGAGCUUUUAUCCACAUUGCUGCAAGCAUCAGAAAAAUCUUGGAAGGGUCAGCUGAAUGAAGACAAACUAAAGGGUAAACUGAGGGCCCUUGAAAAUCAGCUUCACACCUGUGCCCAGAAUUACUCAAAGGACAGUGUGAAGAGGAUUCUGAUGGAGAUGGAGGACCAAAAGCAGUCCUAUGAGCAGAAAGCAAGAGAAGCUCUACAGAAGCUGCUGGAGGAGAAACUCCAAGCAGAACAGCAGCUACAGAAUACUCAGAGGACCCUGGCAGUCACAGAAGACGACUGUGCUCUCUGGAAAGAACACUAUGACACAUUAAAAACAGAGUGGAGUGAGACAGUCACUAAGCACACUGAACUGGAGAACAAGCUCCAGGUUUUGCAGAACCAGCUGCAAUGGGCAGACACCCAGAAUGAUCAGCUCCACCAGGCCCUGCGUAACUUGGAGAGUGAGCGUGAAGAUCUCUAUUCGAGAAUUGAGGCUCUACAAGCAGACAACCAGCUCAGAAUGGAGCACGUCAGUGCAAUGGAAGGUAAAUUGCAAAAUGAACAAAAGCAAAAGCUGGCGCUGGAGGUGACAAUCACUCGUUUGCACAACCAGUUACAGAACCAGUCCAAGGAGAAGGCGGCUCAGGAAGAGGUGGUAGUAAGAAAAGAUCAGGUUUUAACUAUGCAGAUCCAACCCCCCAGUCCAGUCAGAGAAAAACAAGAUGCUUUGUUAAAGCAUCCUGAUGAUGAGGGAGAGGAAAGUCUGAAGGACCAGAUGCAGAAGAGGACAGCCCAACUCAUUGCAAAGGAAAAGGAGUGCGCAGAUCUCCGCUCUGAGCUGGAGGCCCUGAGCGACGAGUACCACUCCUGCAUGACCAAGUUACGUCAGUGCCGAGACGAGCUCAAUCAGUUCCAGAGCAAGCAGUCCAAAAGACGAUGUGGCCACUGGAUCCCUCUCCUAAUGGUGGUGAUAGCAGCAGCCAUGGCGGCUUUCUUAGCCAAUUUUGUACCAUGAGAAUCCAUCAGUUUCAAUUACCUCAGCACAGCAACUGACUCAACUUUUUUCAUUGUAAUGUAUAAAAAUUUUGUAGGGUUUUUGGGGGGGAUAUUUUUGAGCUGGUCUCACUCCUCGGCAAAUUCACACUGGUCCAAUAAAUGCGGUGAGAUCA